AUGUCCUACACAGCAGCAUCGAUCUUCCUUAUCCUCACUAUCCUCGCCUCGUCCAUCCUCGCCAGACCUCCAGACAUCACCUUCCUCUGCAACGAAGUGCCCGAAAUCUGCACCAACAUGUGCUGGGCCGUUCGCUGCGCCCAGCCCUCAUUCCCCCAAACGUUCACCAUCGACCCCAGCCCCUACGGAUACGGAUCCUCCAACAAAACGUCCAUCUCCGCCAGCUGCCCUGUCAACGAUAUGUGCGGCACCCAAGGCCUCAAUCAAACGGGCCAUCGCGGUCUUCCUUACUGCGCUUGCAACGCGUAUCCCCUCUCCGUCACUUCUGAGGAUGCCGCCUUUCCUCCGCUUCCCCAGCCUCAUCGUGUAUCGAGAUGCGUACCCGAGGCCGAGCAGUGCAUACAGCGCAGCCAGCUGGAGCUCUUCGCCAAGCGGCUGCAGCAACAGAGUGGUCAACAAGGCAUACGCCAGCUCUCCAUCAACUUCGGCAACCCAGGCGGCAUCAAGUACUGCAACAACGACCCCUGUGUCAACGAUGGAUUCGAAGUCCAAGAUGGCAGGGUCUGGAAGAAGUGGCGGCGGUUCGAGGCGCCCAUGUUCACAUAUUACAAGACAAAAUCCGGCAUUAUUGUCGCCUCUCUCGAGGACAUGGAAGUGCCGUCGCGGAUUACACGUCGCGUGGGCAGUGGCGAAGUGGUAUCUCCUGGCUUCAGGACUUGGUUUGAACAAGCUCGCGAGGAGACCGUGCACAUGAUGGAGGAUACCAUCGUCCAGCGACUGUCGGAUCAAGCAUUCGGCGCCCACCCAAUAAUGAAGCAGACUGUAGGAUAG